AUGCCUCCAUGCUCGGCCUCCUCGUCUGGGGAUUAUAGCUGCCUGAGGAAAGCUGUGCAGAGCCACAUGGAAGUGAAGCUACAGGGGGCUAUGGAUGGACUGCGUUUACCUCCACUCAUCGAGGAGGCUUUGGACUCUACAGAUGACCCGUGCGAUCUGAAAGCCGAGUGCAGCCCCACCAUGGACAACGAGAUAACGGCGAAGGAGAGAGGCGUUUUGGAGGAGAACAACGAGAAGGAGGAGAUGGACCAGGAGAGAGGGGAGGAGAAGAGGAAGAAGGAGCAGGAGCCGCUGACGGAGGAGCAGGAGCUGGAGGAGCUGAGGGCCCAGGUGCUUCAGCUGCUGCUGGAGCUGGACGAUGCCAGAGAGACCUCCAACAAACACCAGGAGAGCUUCCAUGAGCUGCAAGGUCUGCUGGAGGAUGAGCGUCUGGCCAGUGCCCAUCAGGCCGAAGCCUUCACACGCCAGAUCCAGAAUCUACAAGCCCAGCUGCGUUCUGUGCAGGAGGAGAUGGACAGCCUAGAGGAGGAGAAGGAGAGCGAGCUGGCCGAAGCUCAGGAGGAGCUGCGCGUCGCCCAGGAGGAGGUGCUCCUGCUCCAGCAGGCGGCGGAGGAGGCAGCGGCAGAAAGGGAGAACGACAUCGCCUCGCUGCAGGAGGAACUGUGUCGCCGGCGGGCCGAGCUGCAGCGCCUCAGUGAGGAGACCCAGGAGUACGAACUGGAGAUCACCACGCUGAGAGCCGAGAUCAGCAUGAAGAGCCAGCGCAGGGAGGUCGAGAGGAGAGAGGGUGACGUGGACCUGCUGAAGGAGGAGUGCCGUAUGCUGAGGGAGGAGUGUCAGACCCUGAAGGAGGACAACAGACGUCUCUCUGAGAGGCUGCAGCUGCUGCAGAGACAGAGGACAUGCUCCAGCGUCUACCUGUCGCUGAAAGAGGAGGACUCAGAGGGCACAGAGGGGAAGGAGAUGGAGACCGGCCCGGAUGAGGUCAUGACAGAGAGCUACAUGACCAUGGCUCAGUCUGGGAACUGUCGCCUGGUGGAUGCCUCCAUCCAGAAGAACAUUUCAUUCGAUGGGAAGCCCAUGACACCAACCAGCUGGAACGGUGGCGUCGGGGAGAUCUUUUCCCUGAGGGACCAGCUCAAACAGGCGGAGGAGAAGGCCUCACAGGUUCAGAGAGAGUGUGACAGUCUGAAGACAGAGCUGCAGGAGCUGCAGGUACUUUAUGACAGCAGUCAGAGGGAGAGAGCGGAGCUGGAGGAGGAGCUGCUGCGCUGCAAGGCAGAGCUGGAGAAGCUGUCAGGGGGGGCUCAGAUAUUCAUCCAUGCGUCUGAGCACCCUGUUCUCUCCAUCCCCUUCAUAGGAAUGAUUGUAAUAUUGGCUGUGAUCUGGUGCUGGUUGUCGGAGCUGGCGUCCCAGAGGGCAAGGGGAGUGAGGUAGGUUGGAACUCCAUUUUGACGAUCACUGCAGCCGCGGCAGUGUUACUAAUGAUGACUAGCUUGUUGAGAGCUCUCGUCCGAUGUUGAUUGGAUGGACAACAACCGCACAGGGACAGACGUCUGCUUCAGACCAGCCCUCGUUCCCUCCUGCCAUGUCUUUAGACCGAACUGGAAUUCUCUAAAUGUGAUAGAGCUGACAGCUGCGUAGUGUAAAAUGUUGUCGCUAAUGAGAAGGUACCACGUGCACUGAGAGCGACGCGCUCAGUCUCAUUUGAGAUUGAAGAUGAUGAGUUGACCUGCAAAGAGCCCACAUGAGGACUGAUCUCCACUAAAUGUAUGCUAGUGUUGUGUCACUGCUCCUCUGUGUCUGUGAAUAUUAUUUUUCUCUUGUUUAGCUAAAAUGUGAUAAAAAAAAAAAAAAAAAGAUUAUUAAUGUGCACCAAAUGGUUAUUUAGUUUAUUUGAAUAUUAUUUAUUUAUUUGUUUGUUUAAAUAUUGUUCAUAGUUGUCUCUGAUAAGUAAUAUGGAGUCUGAACAUUUAAGGCACUGAAAACUAUGAGUUUGCAUUUUGUGUUAAUAAGUUGAUUUUAAUUACUUCUUUUGCUUCCCCCAAAAUACUGCUAAUACUUUCUGGGGUGAAAUCAGGUAAUUUGUGGCAUCUGGUGAAAGGGAUUAAAUAUUUAGCAGCCGUAACUGUUACUACCUGUUUGCUUGACAUAAAACAUUUUCGGUUGAUCUGAGAUAAACAGGAUUGGCACACCAGAGAUUAAAAACAAAUUUGGUCCCAGAACGUCCCUGUUAAAUUAUAUGUCAUGUUGAUUUUAACUUUUUGGUAAUAAGAGUACUGCAGCUAAAACAAUAAGGGUCUCUCUCAUACAACCGUUGUAUGUGGGGUUUGUGAACCUCAUCUGGGUCCCAUGGGUAAACCUACCCAUGUGGGCAGUUGGCAGGGGGAGCACACUAGGCUCUGCUUCCAUGAAUAUUUAAUUAAAGUACCACCAAUCUGAUGUUCAGAGCUACAUGCUUUUCAUCAUGGGGCCAUUAUGGAACCAUUGGACAAUCCCAUAUAGGGUCCUUUUUUUUUCUAGCCCAUUUGCUAUCCACAUGGACCCCACAUACAAAUGUUGGCUGGGGUAUAAAAUGAAAAAUGGUUGUAGGAUGUUGCAAUCAAAAAAAAUAUAUAAUCGGAAUGUUUUCACAAUACACUUUAUUUUUAUGGGAAAGUGUUUUGAGUGAACAAAAUGCAUUCAUGAAAAAAUAGACAAAAAUUAAGACUUUUCUUUUUCGAAGUGAAACUGGCAUGUUUUUUUUUUUUAAGCUACCAACGUAACUUAUACUGUUGUGUGCCACCUUGUAAUAUUAAAGACAUUUUUAGUAUUUUUGUCAUUUAAAAUAUAUUAAAGAUGACAUUGUGAGUUCAUGUCAGCCACAAUAUUAAAAAAAUAGCCAUCAGAACAAAUUGGUAAUAAAGUUAAAAGAACACACACGCAUGUCCACUGUAGACAAUAUGACACCAAGGCAGCAAAAGAAAAGAGAAAUCAUGGCAGAAAAAAAUGGAAAAUCUAUUUUGAUAAAUAGUUAGGUUACACUGAUGAUUUAAGGAAUUAAUGACUGAACUGAUAAACGGAUUUAACCAAUUAAAAAACAAACAUUAUUGUCCCAUUUUAACUGACUGUGUAAUCUGAAUGAUGUUGGGGUUUUUGUUGUGUUUGAAUGUCCAUAAUAUUUUGCUUGGCAACAUAUUUUCUGGAAAAAUCAUUGAAAGUUUUGGGAAAGUCAUGGACUCUUGUUUUGUGUAAUGACGUGGUUCCAUGCAGUCUUUCGUGGAUAACCUUUCCCAUAAUGUAACAUAAUGGCAAAUUUAUUUUCUGUAGCUGUCGACAUAACGUAGCUCUAAUCUGCGUCGAUGUGUGACAACCUUUGUUUGAGGGAGGGUAACUGUACACACAUCACGCAGGAAAAAGUAACGCCUGCACACUUAAACCACACAAGUUAAAUGAAGACAACGUUUCGAUUCUACUUCGAUCUUUGUAUUAAUAUCUCUCUUGCACAUCAGUAGGCUGACGAGCUCAAUGGUGGCAGUUAUGGUUAACCGUUUCAACCAUUCAUUGUGGUAAAACUAUCGACAAUCAACCUUUGUUUACCAUCAAGUACAUUUUUCAUUUUCUCUCCGCGUCCCCUCUCUCUCUUUAUGUAUGCCAGCGAGCUGAAAUUAUGUUUGAAUAGAGAUUGAAUUUAAUAUGUUUGAAUACUGCCCGACAAGCGGGGGCAAGACAAAAAAAACUUUCAUUUUUUUUGAAAAGUCAUUAAAAAGUUUUGAAAUGUUCUCCCUGAAGAUGUGUGGGAACCCUGAAUAUAGCAGAGAUCCAUAACAAGUUCCUAAAAGUAACACUUAAGGUAGUAUCCAGAACUUUAGGUGUUUUUCUUUGUUAUCUAGCAAAAAGUCUCCCACAUUACCUGACUUCACCCCAUCCUGCAAAACUGGAUUAAAUGUCCAAAAAAAACGAAUAAAUUAACAUCAUCCUGCCAUUCCCGACAAUCCUGCUAAUAUAGAUUUUUUCCCUACACAGUUUUGGAAUAUUAGAUUGAUCCUCUCCACUGUAAACACAGAUGACAUGCUAUCAUAACCCAAACAGUCUAAGCUCGGCGUAUAAGGCUGAUGUUUAACCCCUCCUGGGUGCAGCCAGCUCUUUUUCACAGUGUUUUUCAGUUAUGUGUUUUGCUCCGGGCUCUGUCACUUCCUCCUGCCUCACGACCGUCUUGUGUCUGACUCUGAAAUCAAACAACUCCCACCUUCUUCUCUAAUUAUCAGUUAACCAAGACGCCAGAACGUCUGCGCAGUAUUUCUGAUUCAUCCUGCCUUCCCACAGCUCACUUUGAAAAUCUGAAAUCUUAAACACCCACGUUGUAACAAUAUGGUUUGCCGUAGCUUUGUAAGGUGUUAGUAAAGAUAUCACAGCAACUUUGGAAGAAAAUUGUAGGAUGAUGGAGCUUUAUUCUUACAUUUUCUAACAUUUCGAUGUGGAGAAUUUGGUGUUUGUUCCUCUCCAGCAGGAUUUAAACGCCAAGUGUGCUAUUUAGCUUAGAUUGACAGUGAUUGCAGGUUUUUCCAGGUACGCAGUGCGAGAGUGUUCACUGCCAGCGUUCCCUUGUUUACUGAUGACACGUUUUAUGUGACAAACUGCAGAUCUGACAAACAGCGGUUGACAUACGGUCACACUUUGAUUAAGCCACUGAUCCGUCUCAAGCUAAAGAUCAGGGUUAGUUAGCUGUGAGGGUGUUUUAAAAACCAAUAUUGUUCCAAAAUAUGUAAAUAAGAUGUCAGAAAAAAGUUUAAGUAUUAAUUACAAAAAAAUGUAUAUGUAUAUGUGGAAGGAUUCUGAUAAAUGUUUACAUUUGUGAUUUUUUUUGUGUGAAAAACGCAUGCUAGAAAACAUAGAAGCACAAUAUAUAAUUUAUGUUGAUCCUGUUUCUUUGUAUUUCAUGUAAAUAGUUACGACACAAAGUACUAUGGGAGAGAAAUUUCUUAAAUCCAUUUGUACUAGCUUUGUAGAAAGUUUAUCUAUUUUGAAAGAGCAUCGUAUAUUUGAUAGCCAGAUUAUAUGUGUAAAUGUUUAUUUAUGGUGACGUUAUUCAGAAGGAACUGCUAGCAUUGCUGAUCAUUUUCAGUACCUCUUUGUUGUCGCAUGCACUCAGAUUGCAUUUGACCUUAGUUGCUAGAUAGAGCAAUAUGACUCAUUAAAUUCAGAAAUGUAUUAUAAUCUUUUCUGAAACAUUUGUCAUUAAACAAAUCCUUGAUAAGCAAUGCCUGACCAAUGUUGUUUCUGCAUAUGAAAACACACAAAGGACACAAUGUGCCACUGGACUGCAGAUGUUGUCACUGUCUGUUAAAAAGUUAUCAGUUUGCAGUAGAAGUUUAAUUCCCAUUGACUGCAAUGGUGCAUGUUGUCUGAUUCAGAUGAUUCUUUUCCAUUAUUUCAUGAUUAUUAACUUCACCAUAGUUCCACAAGUUUCUAUAUUGCACUGUGUUUCUCAGCUUGUUGCUUUGCAUAUUGACAGCGUUGUUGUUUUCAAUAUAGUUGUGGCUAUUUUGUUACCUGGAGGUCUAUUUUGUACUGUAAAUGACUUGAGAAAAUAAAUAUACCCGCCCCA